AUGUUUUUUUUAUCAAAUCUCGGGCGCGUCGGAAGUUUUGCCCUAGGCCUUGUGGCCAUGGGCUCUCUUAUUGCUGCUGCGCCGUGUGACAUUUACGCCUCCGGCAAUACCCCAUGUAUUGCCGCACACAGUACUACUCGUGCCCUGUACAGUGCUUAUACAGGUUCACUUUACCAAGUCAAACGUGGCUCUGAUAAUGCCACGACCAUCAUUGCACCUCUAUCUGCUGGUGGUGUUGCUAAUGCCGCUACGCAAGACAACUUCUGUGCUGGUACGACAUGUCUCAUCACGAUCAUUUACGACCAGUCCGGCCGUGGUAAUCAUCUUACCCAGGCUCCGCCAGGCGGCGCUGCUAGUGGUAUUGAAGCUGGGGGUUAUGAUAGUUUAGCUGGAGCAAUCGGUGCUCCAGUUACACUAAAUGGGCAGAAGGCAUAUGGCGUCUUUAUUCCGCCUGGCACAGGCUAUCGUAAUAAUGCCCCUAGUGGUACAGCUAAGGGAGAUGCAGCAGAGGGUAUCUACGCAGUUGUAGAUGGAACACACUACAAUGAUGCCUGUUGCUUCGAUUAUGGUAACGCGGAGACCAACACUCAGGAUACCGGCAAUGGCCAUAUGGAGACCGUCUAUUUUGGCACUGCAGGUGGUGGUACUGGCAGUGGGCCUUGGGUCAAGGCUGAUCUUGAGAAUGGCUUGUAUGGAAGCGAUAAUUCUGCCACACACCCUGCACCUACAGUUAGCUUCCGGUUUGUUACUGCAAUUGUUAAAGGACAGCCCGGGAACAACUGGGCGGUUCGCACCGGCGAUGCUACUUCUGGAUCACUAACAACACAAUGGAACGGAGUCCGCCCGGACAAUGGCUACAACCCGAUGAGCAAAGAAGGUGCCAUCUUGCUCGGUGUCGGCGGCGACAACAGCAACUGGGCACAGGGCACAUUUUACGAAGGCGUCAUGACCACGGGCUUCCCAACAGACGCCACCGAGAACUCGGUCCAGGCUAACAUCGUAGCCGCCAAAUAUGCCCCAGGGUCGUUGGCUGGUCUCAAUGGCCAAGGCACUACGCUUCGAUCCUGGAGCUAUCCCUCUCACUUUUUCCGCCACUAUAACGCCGUGCUCUAUGCCGCGAGCAAUGGUGGAGUCCACGCUUUCGACAACCCCGUAUCCUUCAAUGAUGACGUGAGCUGGGUCAUCGGCGCCAGCUUUGCUUAA